AUGGCGGAAAUAGUAGGAUCUGCUGUGGCAAAUGAGGCAGUGAGCAGAUUAGUAUCAUCUUUUCUCUCCGGCGACAAAACUAGUCAGCAGCAGGAGAGCGUGGAGGACAAAGCCGAGAGACUGGAGAUGGCGGUGCUGAAGAUCCGCAGCGUUGUUGCCGUCUCGGAACAUGUCCAUAUCUCCCACCUCCCACUGCUGCAGUGGAAGGCGAAGCUAAAGCGUGUCGCUGAGGAAGGCGAUGAUAUACUACUGCAUGUGCACAAGAAGCAGCAAACCUUGCGGUGCAAUCGCGUCGUCAGCAACAGUUCGACAGGUAACUCGAUCUCUCAGUAUUUGAUCCAAGCGGCCAAAUGCUUUGUUCCUUUUUGCCGCAAAGAAGAUGAAGAGUUGAUGAGUGACAACACGCUGCGGAGGUUCGAGAGGCUCGCUGAUGGUGCGGACAGCUUCUUCAGGCUGGUAGAGUCUGGCGGCCACCCAAACAAGUCUGUAUUUUUGCCGCCGCCGCUAACCAGGGCGUUGAUCGCCGGUGAUUCGAUGCAGUUCUUGAUCCAGACAAAAACUGGCAGUGACCAUAUCAUGGUGUGGCCAUGGCUGGACCACCCGGAUGCUAAGAGUGGAAGUGGAUUGCAGGCAUGUCUCACUGUGACACGGGAAGAUGAAGUUGUGUGGCAAAAAGGAUUCAAGAUGAGUGUUCUGUUCCGUCUAUCGGAGGCAUCCAAUAUAGUAUUGGCUAUUGCUAUGAGCUGCUUGGAUGGCAAUUGUGCAUGGCAAUUGUGCACUCGGCCGCGUUUUUCGCCUUUGCCCGCGUUUUUUUUUGUAUGGCACUGUGCGCGCGCGUGA